AUGAUAUUGCCGUACAGUUUUGGAAUUCUCAGAGGUCUGGGUUUGUGGAAGCUGGAAAAUAUUACCGGAUGGAAAAAAUAUUUACAGAUUAUUUAUUCAUAUUUUUGGAUAACAAUAGUCUCCUGUUGCGUAUUUUUUGAAUUAUUAGCAAUUACCGAGCAUAUAAAUGACGUACAGCAGUUUGUUGACAGCUCAAUAAUACUUUUGACCAUGAUUGCAAUCUGUGGAAAAAUGUUCAAUGUACUUGCUAGGCGUAAAGAAAUAAUCCACUUAUUAGCCAUUUUACAAACUUACCCGUGUUGUUAUCAAGAUGAUGAAGAGAAAAAUAUCCAAGAUAAAUAUGACAAAACUAUAAACUUGAGAACAAUAGUUUACUUGGGACUUACCGAGUCGGCUGUUACGAUGGUUCUGAGUGUGUCAAUGUUAAAUGAUAUUCCAAAUCGAGCACUGGCGUAUAACGUGUGGGUGCCAUACGAUCCCACCACAAGCAUCGGUUACUUUGUAACGUAUGGCCAUCAAUUUUUUGCACACUUUGUAGGUGCGUCAGUUAAUGCUGCGUUUGACACUCUUGUUCCAAGUCUGAUACUAAAAAUUAACUGUCAAUUGAGUAUUCUCGAGCACCGUAUUAAUUUGAUAUCCAAAAAUGUUUAUAACGAUGAUUCACUUGCUGAUAUUAAAAAGAAUAAAGAAAUAAGUGAAAUUUCAAAAUGUGUCGAUCAUCACCUAAAAAUAUUUCAAUUAGUUGAAAUACUAAACAAAAUCUUCAGCUCGGUUAUUUUUUUACAAUUUUCCAUAAGCACUAUCGUUAUAUGCGUUACAGUCUACAGAUUAUCGCAAAUUCAACUCAGUCAUCCAGAAUUCAUUCCAACGGCUUGUUAUUUUAUCUGUAUGCUUUUACAGGUUUUUAUAAUUUGUUUAGCCAGUAGCGAAUGUAGUUUUAAGAGUUAUGAUAUAGUUACUGCGGUUUAUCAAACAAAUUGGUACAUUUUGAGUGUCAGUUCCCAAAAAAGUUUAUUACUCAUAAUGAGACGCAGUCUUCGGCCGUUAAAAUUUACGGCUGGAUCUUUUGUUGAAAUAUCUCUAAACACAUAUAAUCAGUUGGUGAAGCUAUCAUACUCCGCUUACAAUGUUCUUCAA